CGACCCCUGUGGCAACUGCAUAAAAAGCAAGUUGUGUUGCGUAACAUCACCUCGUUUACAAAGGCCCAGGCGAUCCAAGCCUUUGCCAUCAUCGCACUAAUUGACAGUAUUCAACAAAGAAUUACGCAGAUGGGGCAACUUAUGGACUCUCUGGUGCAUCAUGAUGGUGUACCCAAGAUAUCCGUAGAAUCAAGCGCCUCUCCACAUAACACUCAAGAUCACCGAGAACCUCGAAACGACCAAAGUAGCAACAACAUCGGUGUAUCGCCCGUAUCCGUUGGGGAUCUGCAGGAGAAGCCACAUAUCAGGAGAGGAGCUUCAUGCAGCAGCCAAGAUGAUAGCACCGUCGCUGUUGAGGGUCCCUCAUCAUUAUCAGCACACUCUACGUUCGCCGUCGACUUCUUACACCGGGCUGCCAAUUCUGAUCGGGAAAAUGGGCUGCACUUCGAUACAAGAGGUCUUUUGGAGAGUCUUGGUCAAAUUGUAGAUGUGAUUCAGAAGCAAACCCGAUUCUCAGAGACAGAAUGUGUUCCGAAUGCUCGUCGACAUGAAAGAGUUGAUAGUGGCACUACGAUGCCACAGAUGGAUGUCACUGCCGCAGUUAUAAGACACGGACACGGUAUGUAU